AUGAAUGUGCUGCUGUCGCCGCAGUUACCAGUUUUCCCUCACCAGCACGAAAACUUGCAUCUUUCCCAGCGAAACCUCUCCUCGAUUCACAACAUGAGCAGCCGGAAACGAAAGGCCGACGAAGAUGGAGACGAAAACAUGUCACCCAUGAGCUCCCCUGCUGUAUCUUCUCGGCCCCUCAUCCGCCCGUCGAAAAAAUUCAGAUCCAACGACUUGAUCGGCAGGCCCCUCUCUCUCCCACGACUCUUAGAAACCCUCGACACAAAUCAGCUGCGAACAGUCUUGGAACGCAUCUGCGAGCGCCAUCCGGAUAUUGGGCAGGAAGUGGUCUCAGGAGCGCCCCGACCUACCGUUGACUCGGCAAUGAACGUGCUAUAUGGUUAUCAAGAGAGGUUGAAUGCUGCCGCCCCUUAUGGGGAAAGCAGCGCGGAAUACACAUACGACCGAGUCAGGAGUCAUAUCGUCGCUUUGAUCGAUGCGCUCUCUGAUUUUACUCCGCAAUUUCUUCCCCCGAUCGAGACUCAGCCCACCAAAUCCCUGGAAUUCCUUGAUGGUGCUACCAGAUUCAUUCACGGCCUUCCAGAUUGGCAGCCACAGACUUACCGCCAUCACAAAGACAACGCAUACGAGGACAUCUCCAAGGCCUGGGCUCUAGUCAUCAACGAAGCAGCGAAGCGAGGCGGUGGAUUCAAUUUGCAUUCCGAUGGAUGGGACCAAAAACUGGCUCGACAUAACGAACAAUCUGGAGGACGACUAGCCACAGCCAUUACAGCCAUGUCAAAUAGCGUUGGCUGGAUGGGAUCGAAUGAGAAUGGGAGCUCGUCAGAGCAAGGCUCUAUUCUCAGCCAGCUCGUAUCGGGAGCAUAUGGGUCGCCAGUUAGGGUCGGACCUUGUCCGGGCGAUCAACACCAAGCGUGGGCCAAUCCUUUCGAAGAGGCCAAGCCCCGCGUAUCAGAAUGGACGGCCAAGGAGAUUGCCACAAUUUCGUCUCGGCUCGAUAAACAGCUGGGACCCGAAUACAUCUCGUCACGCGCCGGCCCUGGCGGCUCUCGGGUCCAUUAUCUCACUGCCGAAAAGGUGAUUGGCCUUGCCAAUGAAGUUUUCGGCUUCAACGGAUGGUCAUCUUCGAUACAAAACAUUCAAGUCGAUUUUGCCGACGAAAAUCCCCAAACACAACGCGUGAGCAUCGGAUUAUCCGUCAUCGUUCGGGUCACUCUCCGAGAUGGCACGUACCACGAGGACGUUGGCUACGGCUCCAUAGAGAACGCAAAGGGAAAAGCAAUGGCCUUUGAAAAGGCAAAAAAGGAGGGAACGACGGACGCUUUGAAACGGACGCUGAGGAAUUUUGGCAAUGUGCUGGGCAACUGCAUUUACGACCAAGACUACGUCAAGCAGGUUACCAAGAUCAAGACUCAGCCGAAUAAGAAGUUUGAUCCAGAUAACCUUCAUCGACAUUCGGAUUUUGCGAAAAAGGAGCCUACAAGGGAUAUAACCAUGAGUAAUCUCAACACCGGAGCCAAGACUGGUGCUCCUGCCACCGCCACUACUGCUCCCGCCGCUGUUCCAGCAUUCAAACCAGAGCCCAUGGACUCAUUUGAUGAUUUCUUAGGGGAACUUGACGAGGCGGAUUUUUGCGUACCAGAGGAAGGCCACCCAGAUGAGAUUGUGCUUCCCAGCGCUGCCAACCCACCCCACGAUAAGCCGGCUGGACAACCAGCAAAGCCUAUGCCGGUGAACAACACGAAUCGCCCGCCUCAGCCGCAGCCGUAUACUCCAAGACAAGGACAGCCGCAACGACCGCAGAAUGCCCCGCAAGCCAAAGAUUCUCCAAUGGCACCUCCUCAGCAGCCACCUCCAGGGGAAGCGGUGGCAUUCUUCUCGGCGAGAUCUACGCUUGAUCCAAACCAAUCCAACGUCAACCAAAGUCAACCAAAGCAACUCUUCAAUCCCAAGGCUGAAAGUCCUUCUAUACGAAAAACCCCUGGAAUUGAUCACACAUCAUCUAAGCCCGUGGCGAGAAAUGGCCAGCAUGUUCCUCCGGCUAAUAGCCAGGCGCAAUCUUCUACGCCAAGUGGUAACGCAGGAGGCUUUACGUCACUGCGGCAAUCAAUCAGCGGCUCUCAAGCCAAGAGCGGUGCAAUGAACACAUCACUAGACCAAACUCGCAGAAUAGGGGCACCGGGUGGUCUAGGCAGUCCUCUUUCGAAUCGAGGUCAAUAUAAGCCUCCGACGAUGAAGCGAACUCUCCCCGCCGAAGGGAAUGGAACCAAUGGAGAAAGAUCACCGUUGGUUGAUAUCCCGACGAAUGCAACGAAUGCUAAUGACGGAGACGGCUUGGAUGCAAAGAGACAAAAGGUGGCAUAG